UAUAUGAAUACGAGUCAUUUUCGUGAUAUCUUUUUUGUUCCCCUUUCAGCUUUGAUUUCAAAUGAUUCCACAACAACAUGGAAACAUUUCGUAAUGACAACAAAAGUCCAUCCAUUUUCAGGGAUUUAAAAAAAGUACUUUUCUCAUAGGAGGCUCCAUUGCAAAAUACAUAUUACACAACAGCACAGCGGCAGACGUAUUACAUUUGCCUUAAGCUAAUUCAACGCUAAUGUUCCAAUUUAGACUAAAACGACCAAGCUUUUUAUUCCACCCAUUCAGGAGUCGCCCUCUAGUGGUAAAUAGAAGCAUUGCAGCUUGAAGGCCCAAAGCUGUUCACCCACAAACACAUGAUGAAGCCACUGAGUGUUCAGAUGACAAACCACAAUUCCUCCAUGUUGGCUUUAUAUUCAUUUUGUUACGGCCGAUCUUAUAAAACGAGGGCGGGGACAUGUCUGAACUGUCAGGCUGUUGAACACUUCAGGGGGGCAAAGUCUCUCUUGCUCCUGUGAAGUAAAGGGACAGUGUGUGUGUGCGUGUCAGGAUGAAGAUCGCCGUCCUGGGAGCCACCGGGCAGACUGGGCAGUUUGUGGUGAGCCAGGCAGUACAGCAGGGCCACACCGUCAUCGCCGUGGUCCGAAACCCGGCCAAACUGGCCGUGCACCAUGACAACCUCAAGGUGGUGGAAGCCAACAUUUUCUCGCCGGACAGCCUCAAGUCCCACUUUAGUGGGGUGGACGUGGUCGUCUCCUGCCUGGGCUUCCCCACCUCCUUCUUCUACAGCGUGACGGGAUACACCCUCUCCAUGAGCGCCGUGAUCACCGCCAUGCAGGAGGCGCGGGUCAACAGGCUCAUCACCAUGACGUCAUGGUACACUGACCCCAACUCCGGAACUCAGUCGCCGUAUCUUAUCCGCUUCCUGCUGCUGCCCAUGAUCCGAAGUGUCCUCACCAACAUGUUUGAGAUGGAGCAGUUCCUGCAGAGUGUGGACGACAUCAACUGGACCGUGGUUCGCCCGCCGGGUCUCAAGAACCUGCCCUCCUCAGCGUUGGAGGUCUUGUCCCACGAGGGCUACUUUGUGCCGGACAGCAGCGGCCGCCCGAUGGGUAGCGCCAUGGCGCGGGGCGACGUGGCCCGCUUCAUGCUGUCUCUCCUCAACAGCAACGCCUGGGUCAAGAGGGGAGUCGCCAUCAUCACCAAAUGAGAAGCAGUGUGGUGAUUACACCAAAUCAUUGUGUGCCAGGCCAAAUAUAACAUCAAUGUCGUGUCUCCUGGAUGUGUAAAUUAAUUGUUAACAUGUUUUUUAAUACGGUGCAAGGGGAUGUUUAUUGCUUAAUUGCACUGCAUGUUGACCACUUUUAAAAUAUUCAUGCAUCAACCUCUUUAAUGCUUAUUAUAGUGUGUUUAAAUUGACAAAUAUCUACCCAAACGGCUAGCCUUUUCAUAAAUUUGAAUAUUUUCCUUCCUUUUGAGAGCUAUGUAGUAGUUAUUGUAAUACAGUACAUUGUGAUUGUAGUAAAUUAUUUAUUUUGUUCUCUUACUUGUACUGAUCAUUAAAAGUAAGUAAGUAAACGUUUCGGGACAGCACACAUAAUGAAAAUAUAACGAAAUAUCUGAAUAACAAAUCCUACAUUUGCCAAGAUAAUAAAAAACUUACUUGAUGCAAAAAGAACCGUUUUCAUUGACGUGCAGUACCUCUUUCUGCCCUCUAAGCGUCACUGUGGGCUGUAGUGCUUCUUUAUGCUUCCAUCCGGUAAUGUUCGGCUCCUCUUUACUUUUUCAUUUAAACAUUAUUUUGAACUUAUAUAUCAGAACCAAGACCCACGAAUGGUAAGCAAUGAACAAUUAAUAAAAUAUACACACAACCAUAAGUCAUUUUGAUAGUUAUUCCACAGGACGAGAACAUUUGAAGCAGUAUCGGCGUCAAUAUAUGUUAGCUUUUAGCAUCUCUAGCUAACUUUAGCUAGAGAUUAGUCGCUACAUUCACAUUAUAAGAAUCAUAUAUCGGUAUAAUGUAACCUAUAUAAAUAAAUGUUAUUCUAGAUUAAAUAAUUAAUCAGUCAGCAGUUAAACUUUUUUUACUUUUUAUUUUUAAUUUUAAUUUUUUUUUUUAAUAAAUUGCAACAUUUACAAACAGUUGAGAAAUAAUAAUCAAAAUAAGAACAAAAACAGUACAAAACAGCGCCAGGGGGUUGUAAAUUCAUUAAAGUAACUAAAAUAGAAUGCAAUAUAUAAAUAUAACAAACAAAGUGCACAAAAUUUCAGCAAAUAAUCCAAAUUUGGAACACAGCAUCAUCGUUUUCACAGCUUUUUGGUUGUUAGAGGUAGAGGGUUUUUUAACAUAGAGUUCUAAUUAUUUUUUAAAGGCACAAAAAACAGGUCGGGUAUUGAGAAACUUACAUUUAUGAAUAUAAAACUUAGCCAAAAGUAUAAUGAGGUUGCAAAGGUAAAAUUCCUUUUCACAUUUUUUUUCAUACAGUGUAAAUCCAAAUAGCACAUCUUUAAAACAAAGCACAAAUGUGUCAUAAAUAUGUUGUCCAGGAUGAAGCGACAGAUGCCCUGCCAUAGUGAACGAGUGCUUUCACAAGUCCAAAACAGGUGGUGAACAGUCUAUGGAUGCAUGUUACAUCAGUGUUUUUCAACCACUGUGCUGCUGCACACUAGUGUGUCGUGAGAUACAGUCUGGUGUGCCGUGGGAGAUUAUCUAAUUUUAUCUAUUUGGGUUACAAAUAUUUUUUGCAAACCAGUAAUUAUAGUCUGCAAAUGAUGUGUUGUUGUUGAGUGUCUGUGCUGUCUAGAGCUCGGCAGAGUAACCGUGUAAUACUCUUCCAUAUCAGUAGGUGGCAGCCGGUAGCUAAUUGCUUUGUAGAUGUCGGAAACAGUGGGAGGCAGCGUGCAGGUAAAAAGGUGUCUAAUGCUAAAACCAAAAAUAAACAAAAGGUGAGUGCCCCUAAGAAAAGGCAUUGAAGCUUAGGGAAGGCUAUGCAGAACGAAACUAAAACCGAACUGGCUACAAAGUAAACAAAAACAGAAUUCUGGACGACAGCAAAGACUUACUGUGCAGCAAAGACGACAUCCACAAAGUACAUCCGAACAUGACAUGACAAUCAACAAUUUCCCCACAAAGAGGGAUAAAAACAACUGAAAUAUUAUUGAUUGCUAAAACAAAGUUGAUGCGGGAAGUAUCGCUCAAAGGAAGACGUGAAACUGCUACAGGAAAAUACCAAAGAAAGAGAAAAAGCCACCAAAAUAGGAGCGCAAGACAAGAACUAAAACACUACACACAGGAAAACAGCAAAAAACUCAAAAUAAGUCACGGCGUGAUGUGACAGGUGGUGACAGUACACCUACUUUGAGACAAGAGCUAUAUUGAUAAAUAGUUGGUUAUAGUUUAAAGUCAUAUCCAACAAUUGCGACAACGACUUUUUACUGUCAACUGAGUUUCGUUUUUUAAUGAUUUCUGCUGGUAAAACACUACCGCUUUGGUCCGCCGGCGCCGCCAAAAUCAACCAAAACUCAAAGUUGUUAAGAGGCGCUUUAAAAACGGCAAAAAAUAAAAUAUUUCUGCGCAGAAGAAGCAACAAUCCACCCCUAUCUGUGUUGUGAUGAUAGUCUUUGAUUGAUGGUGCAUGCUGUAAAAGAACACUUGAUAGAUAAGAUGCAAAGAUAGCUCAGGCCUGCAUUUUAUCCAAAAUGUAAUCUGAAAAAGCGAUACAAUUACGUCAAAUAAUGUUAUAAAUUCACGUAUGAGCAAAAGCUAAUUGAUUCUAUGUGUUUUCAGUACAUAUGUGCUGCAACUGAGCGGCUCCAUUACGUGUAUUUACACAUCCUUUCCCAUGUCCCUGAGUGGCUCCUGUCUUGAGUUAUGUAUUACCUAAUGAGCUUUUCAAUAAUGAGGAAGUAAGAUGAAGCCAAAAAGGCUUUUUCAGGGAUGGACAUUUAUUCUGGAAACAGCUGGAAGUGACACAAGAUGAAAUAUUCAUUAUUUACAUUUCCUACGUUGUUUCAUUUUAACAACAAGCUCUAUGUGGAAAAUCACGAUUAUAAUGUUCUAUAUUAUGCUCAAAGUUUUGAGGAUCCUUUAAAGAGGGUGCAAAAAUAUUCGGCGAUAUUAUCGGACUUUUCUAGUUCUUACUGAUUGUUUGUUGAUCAAUAAACAUGCAGUGUUUCCCAAACUUUUUCAGCUCAAGUUUCAAAUGAGAAAGUUGCUUCCUUGCCAUGUAUGACAUAUACUGUACAUUUACACUU